AUGGCUGAUCCAAAAGAUGAAGGCCAUAAAGUUGGUUUCGCCGAAGUAGCUAUAACACGUUCGUUCGUAUUGGAGGAGGAGGAACACUCACUGGAGGAGCACAAAGACGAACUGGAAGAAUAUCUGGAAACCAUACAUAGCGUUUUGCCGGAAGAAGAGGAUUUCAUAUACAAAUACAUACAAGAUUAUGAAGAAGAAUACGAACAAGUAUACGAAGAAGAAUAUGAACACGAAGAACCAGAGCCGUUCUCCGUCUUUACCAGACUAGACAAGCCGCGUGUACUUCCUGAGCCAAUUCCACUUACCACCGAUCGCAUCAAGAAGAUCGAGAAUGAACUCAAUUUGAUCAAGUUGUGCUGGCCAAAGAUUGACCAUGUGUUUUUCGAGGGCAUGUCCGAUUUUCCCCGGAACUAUUACGAAAAUACGGAUAAGGAAAAAGUGGUUCUUACUUAUGCCGAGAACUUCCGCCGACAGUUUUCUUACAAAUAUCCAGAUAGAAAGCCACUCUUUCUGGCCGCCGACAACGAAUGUGGAAUGCAGAAAAUGGUGUGUACUACAGUAAGACCUACAGCUGUUGCGUAUCCCCAAAUUAGCUUCUGGAAAGAUUGCUUAAAGUUUGUUAACGACUUCAUUUUAUACGAAAACCUCGAGGAGCCCACAAAUCUGCCGAAUCGAUUAUAUUCCCCCGAUACGGUUUGUCGGCGACAAAAGGGCCAGUCAAUGGAAAUGGCCACGUUACUCUGCUCAAUGCUGAUCGGAUUUGGAUACGACGCGUACGUGGUAUCCGGAUAUGCCAUACAAGACAUCACUGAGAACCUUAUGGUGCGCAUUGAGGCGCCAUACCCAGAGGAAGAGGAAGAAGAAGUAAAACAAGAUGAAGCUGUAGACGAUGAAAAGUAUGAGGUCACGCCACCUCGGGAUCUAAGAAGUAAAUUUCUUUUGAUGCUAGAAGACCGCGCCAGGCUAAGGAAAAUUGCCGAAGAGGAGGAGAAAAACAUGGAAAUAAUGCAAAGAAGACAGGAAGAAGAAAAGGCUCCAAGAGACAAAUACGAAGGACAACGCGUCCACGGAUGGGUUCUUAUUAAGAAGAGUAAGGAAGUGACUGAAGAUGUCUUCGUCGAACCUAGUAACGGGUUUAUUUACCCUCCGAAUUCCAAUGUAUAUCUCGGUGUGGAAAGCAUUUGGAACCAUCGUAAUUAUUACGUGAACAUGCAACCUUGGCCGAAGGAAGAAAACGAGUGUUUGGAGUUCAACCUACAAGAUUUUUCUAAAUGGGAGCACCUGUUGGUGGGGGAACCACAACACACCAGAAAAUACGAACAGAAACUCCUGGAUGAUGAAGAGGAAAACCGUGAUAUGUACGAUGAGCAACAUCUUGACAUGCCAGCCCGUUCUUGGUCACAGCCCAUUCGAAUUUCGCAUGAAGCUUUCAGCAUGCGUUAUCCUGGUGGCGCCAAAAUCACCUACUAUAAGAGAACCAUUGUUGAGCAAUAUGCUCCAUACGUAAUGCAAGACGGUCUUGUAACGAAAAUUUCCCGAUAUGCCAACUUCACCUGUACAGACUUAAAUAAAGUGGAGGAGAUAUACGAGAACAGAAGUGACAAACUUUAUAAAAGCAUUAUGGACGUAAAGACCAAGCUAGUCACUGAAUAUUUUAAUACGGGACGAGAAGACGGAGUUAUAAAACACGUAUAUCACCAUCACAGAGACUCCUUCGACGAUUACAGAGUGAUAAACUGUGUGAAUAGAUACGAUGGAUUAAUAAAAAUUGAGACUAGUAGACAUUACUUAACUGAACAUUAUUCUAACCGAGAGGACUUACUCUAUUUUCGACAUGCUGACUUUGGAAAAAUGGAAGGCAAUCGACGAGAAAUCACGAAAAUAAUUCAAAAAUUUGAACGAAAUUACAACAUUCCAUAUCAAGAGGACAUUGCAGUACAAGAGUUUGAUUUGGCAAACAGGAACAUUUUAAUAAAAUACCAUUAUGGACCUGAUGCUAUAACAGCCUCUUACAGAGAUUUUCAGAAACCACCUCCAGCAGAAAUUGGAGAAGUAAGUAUGUUCCAUCCUGAACUGACUGUCGGAUAUUCCUCCGAUUUUAACGCGAAACAACCGAAACAUCUGAUACUGUACAACCUGCUGGAAGAACAAAUGAAAACGGAAGAAAAGUUGCUUGAUGACAUUCGCGUUAUGGAGAAGGAAGUGUUAAAAGCAUUCGUGCAGCUGAGGGCCCGCGAGUUGGGCACGCCCAGCUUGGCGGUGUCACUGUUCAACGUGGAGCAAAACGUCGAGCAUCGCAACGCAAUGCUCCAGAAAGAGGCAGAAAAGCAGUUGAAACGUGAAAAGGAGGUCGAGGAUCAUCCGGAAUAUCUUGGACCAUAUCUGGCGAUGCUUGGCAAUCCAUCCGUGUUGACCGCAGCUCAAAUCUCACAGAUUAGAUGGGAGUGCUUGAACGAUUUGAAGAAGCUGCUUUUGACCAGAGCACAUCGCAUUCAGGCUUCGUUCGAAUCUGCAUCUGAUGCGCUGGCUGCGAAACAACAUUGGUUUACCGUACAUUAUGACCUACUGACACCCGCCGCCAUCACCUCCACCAUGGAAGAUAUCCAAAAUCGUAUUAGAGGACUAAAAUUAUACGAGAUGCGACUCAUCAGGCAUCGCGACCUCUCCGGACCACGAUACGAGGCUCUUCAGAACUACUUGGCGAAUCACAAAUCCCAACACGAACAUUUAUAUUCAUCUCAUGUACUUCGCGGAUAACUUACUUCCAAAUACUGAAAAGCUUUACAAUGUUUUCAUUUAUAACAUCCGUUGAACCAAUAAAAUUUCAGAG